GCGGAAGAGACGAAGGAGGAAGGAGACGCUCCACGUCACUGAGGUGUAAUAUCGGCGUCAGUGCAACACAAGGUGCUACCUCAGGACGAUUCCAGUACCAUUGUGGAGCCUCAGACAUCCUUAUGUAGGAUUUAGUAAGUCGUGUGACCACAAAUUGAAGGUUUACUCCGCUGUUUGUGCUCUGAACGGGCAUCGGUGGAGACUCCAGGAAUCCGCUGAAGAGUGCCCCACUAUUUCAGCUUCUAGAUGGGUGAAUCAGGCUCACGCCGUUCCACACUUGUUUCCCGCCUGCCAAUUUUCCGCCGCAGCAACAGUAAGAGACAGGAGUCUCUUCCUUCCUCUCCAUCCUCAGGUGGAGUGGGGAAUGGCGUCCACACCUCCUCGCCUUCCAGCACCAACUCCAGCUCUGGCAGCACUGGGAAACGCCGUAGCCUUUUUCGCACUCCAUCUCUCAGUUUCACAGCUAAACGAAACAGUGAUCCACGUGUCCAACCUAUCAACCUAAACCUCACUCCUCCCCUGUCACAGAGCACUGACGCAAAUGGAAAUAACCAGCAGACAAUAACAACGUCAGUGUCCACAGGGUUCAGUGAUAGUAGUGGGGGACGCCCAAAAUCACGCCACUCAUUUGGGUUUGGCAGCCACAGGCAAAAGAAAAUAACACGCUCUCAGACUGAGGACUUUGACAAGGCUUCCUCAUCUUCCUCCACAACCAAUCGAAAUGUGUUCAUCAACUGCAUCAGUGGGUCAGGGGCCAAUGAAGGUGACGACUCCGGGUUCCUCGAUGACUACAGUGGUGGCAGUAAUAAUAACAAACGGUCAUCACGCCAGAAAAAGCAACUGCUGCCCAAGUCUUUCUCGGCACACCACCGCUUCUCCCGCACAUCUGAUCACCACAGACCUCCAGAAGUGAAUCUGGAACCUCCAAGUUCUACCACCAUCACCCCAGGAGCAGGAGGACUCACCCCAGGGUCAUGGCCUGGUGAACUGCUAGUUGCCGGUGGUGAGAGCUCCCUCCAGUCCCCUAUGAUAUCAGAGGAUCGAACCACCGCCAUCACCCCUUCGGAGUUUAUUCCCAUCACAGAGGACUCUGUAUCUGAGGUGGAUGUGCUGCCAACUCCCAGCCCUGCUUCCGGUGUAGCCCCAGGACCUGCCUCUGUGCCUGGGCCUGCUACUGACAAUACUCCCCCUGACCCACCACCUGCUCCAGAGAACUUCAGCGUGGCCGUCUCUACCUCCCAGGUUUUCUUCACUCCAGCCCAGUCGGGUGCUGAAAAACCAUUACUCCCUGAUACCAGCACAGCCAACAACACAGACUAUGAGACUGCCAUUUCCCUCUCAGAGCCAGAGACAGCUGUGCCCUGCCUACCUCUGCAGGAACAAUCACUGGAGGAGAGGAAGGAGAGGGAGGAGGAAAGAAAGGAAGCGAGAAAAGAGGUGUCAGCUGAUGAAAGGAAGGAGCUGGUCCAGGAGAGGAAGACAGGAUACCACACAGAGACCACGAGUGAGAGCGAGGCAUGUGUGGUACGCAGUGAGGGUUGUCACUCUAACCCCGAGCAGUCGGAGAGGAGGCCAAGAAACACGCUCUCUGUUCAAGAAAGAGGAAGCUUCUGUGGCUGCCAUGAACCCAGGUCCUCUCACUUCCGGAAACCACAUGCAGCUUCUCUUUGUAGCAGUGUCAGCCCCUACCAUGAGGUGAUGCGGAUGGAAAGGCGUCUGCGCUCUUCGUCUGAGGGGGCUGGUGGGCCUCGUAUCCAUGGUAACCACAGAGAGGCCCCGGGCUUGGAGGGAUGUGGUUUGCUUAAACACAGAAACAACUCCUCAUCAUCUAAACUGGGAAGUCUGGAUGUUUUAAAUAACCUAGGUUCCUCAGAAUUGGAUGAAGAUGAUCUUAUGUUAGACCUGGACCUCUCUGAUGAUCAGCGACAUCGACAUGUGUCCAGAGAAGACUCCAGCCAGUCCCUCGCCUCCUGUCUCAACCUGCUCCCUUCACCUUUGGAUGCAACUGGAGAUCGCAUUGCAGGGAAAGAAAGCAAUUCAAGGGAACCCAACCGUCCGACCAGCCUCCUGCCUGCCGACUGGAGCACAGGACUGUUUUUAGGGAGGGAAGAUGACCCCCUACCUCCAGGCCUUGAGACCCUUCCACUCAGACUGAUGCAACAGGACUGCACUGCUGUCAAAACCCUGCUUUUAAGACUGAGACGGACACUGCAGGAGAGCACAGAGACAAGUCCAGCCAGCAGCCUCCAGUCUCUACCCAUUAGCCCUUGCAGCGAAAAGUCUCUUCCAUUUAAGGAUCCCAGUAGAGAAGAAGCGUUGUUGCAACAGCUGAGGGAGAAAGAUGAGCUGAUUCUCAGACUCCAGAGUGAACUGGAGAGUGCCAAGGCUGCCCUGAAGAUGAAAGACUGCCAAAUGACUGACCGCACAACACAGACAGAACAUGUGGGGCAAGAGACCAAUCAUCCAGGCCGGUGGUCAGGACUAGGCAACAGCAGCAGCCUGGCUCCAAGGGACCGAAGGGUAGUGCGGGGUUUGGGGCCAGCACUAGGAGGGGACCUCUCUAACCAGCACCUCCCCCACCACCACCUGCAUGGUCGGCCCACUGCUUCUGAGCGACACGCUGCCAGGGAGGAGCGCCACUGCCAGGGGGUCUUGGCACAAUCCACAGUCCGUAACCCUUCUCUAGGCUCCUCUAACCUGUCCUCUGCCACUUCUGCGUCAUCAGCCCAAGGCUCCUCCACUACAUCUGCCCAGCUUCAAGUUUCACACCCGGGCCUUAGUCCAAAUCAAUAUCCAGGCUCCGUUGUGGUGGCUGCUAAUCACACUCCAGUUCCAUCUCUGUCCUCCAAGCAGCCAGAAGGGGUGUCUUCCUCGUCUGAGUCCUUAACUCCAGGAGGAGGUGCAGCGAGUCAGUCAGGUGGGGUAAGGAGAGGAGGAGGAGAUCACCAUCCCCAGAGUCAUAUCCCUCGUGCAGUUGGGGCCAGCGCUUCUUCAAGCCUCCACAGCGUCGCGAGCAGAGGAAGCCCCUCUCCGAGCAUCUCAUCGUCCGACCAGGCCUCCCCUCCACCUCCUACUCCGUCCUCAGCCUCCUCUUCUUCCUCCUCAUCCUCCACAUUUACCGGCCGUUUAGGACAACCACCUCGAGGCCCUCUCUCUCUGCAUAGCUACAGUCGUAAAAACGUCUUCCUCCAACAUUCCCUACAUACUGCCGAACUGCAAGCUCUGACGCAGAGAGACAGUUGAGGGCAAACAAACAUUCACACCAUUCCAACCACUAGCAGCCCUUUCAUCAACUCUAGUGACAACAUGCGUGGCUUUAAAGAAAAAGUGCUGCUCCUUCUGUAAAAGUUGCUCAUGUUUCGCUGCCCGCGCCCUCCAAAUCAUCAACUACAUGCGCUUACAAUCACACUUGCUUCUCUUUGCAAUCCAGGCCAGCCUUUUGGUGACAUUUUGUUCAUAGAGUUGCUCACUUAAACACACGCUCAUAUGCUAGCGCGCGCACAUGCACAUAUCAGGCUGCCAGUGUGAAAAAAGGCACUCACCCGUCUAUCAGAACUCCCACGUUGUGUCAUGCUGACAGUUUAGAUGUGCUUACGCCCACAGAUGCACAAAGUGCACCCAGACUCACAACCUCAUAUCCAUGUACAUACACAAAAGCAGGCAGGCACAUUUAAAGACACUCUGACACAAAGACGCCAUCUGUGAUAACUCUCCGCUUCAACAUCUGCACAAAUAACAGGGUGUUGUAACUUAAUGAAGAGAUGAGGUGUGUGCAUUGUUACAGAUUACUUUUAUACCCAUUUAUUUGACCAUUUUUGCCAGUGAAAACCAUUUGCUGCUUAAGGAACUGGCCAUAAUUUACGCUUGUAAGGAUAUAGUUGCUCUCACAUUGCCAAAUCCUACAUCGGAUCAAAUCCUCCUUCCUUGAUGAUCCACUAACAGAGGUCCAGAUGAGGAAGAAUUUAGAUAAACAUCCACAGCUACUAUCCUUUUACUGCAUGCUUUUUAAAAUUUAGGAAAAACAUACAGCUGAACAUUUUGUACUGCAACAAAACUGGGGUUCGGGUGACUUUUAAAGUCUUUUCAUAAUAAUGUCUCAACUUUCAUCUCAGUGUUACAGGAAGGGAACCCAACAUGUUCAGAUAAUCGCCAAGAUAUUAUCCUGUUUGUAUGGUGUUUUGACUUAAUAGUAGACCACUGUUCUUUGUAGAAAUACGAUGUUGCAAUAUUACCCUCAUCAUAUAAAAGAAUUCAUGUCUACCUGCAAUGUUAGAAUAGUACAGUGCAGUUGAAAUGAAGAGUUUCAUUCUAAAAUGGGAUAUUUGACACAUAUAUACGCUGACAGAAUCAAAACAUUUCAGAAAGUGAGUUUGAACCGAGCAACAUUUUCAGUUUGGCAAACUUAGAAUGAUGUUUUUGCCCGAAAUGGGGAAAAAAUUAUCACAUUUUGGAACGAAUCCUUUUGAAUCUUUGUUAGGGCUGAGUGUUGAUCUGGGAUAUCUACUGGUGCUUUGCUAAAUGGCAGUGUCGAUAUCCAUUUUUAGGUUUCAAAAAGAAACAUUUCUGAAAUAAUGGCAUUGCAGUUGACAGACAUGUUUUCUGUUACAAGUUUACUGAAGCAGUCAAUUCAGUAGAGUCUGAUUCAGUUUAGAAAAGCUAAUGAUAGAAAAAGUUUUGCACAGACAGUUGUUUAUCAAGGAAACAGAAAAAUAUCAUUUUAUAAACCAUCCUAUAGGUAAAAAAGUUUUUCCACUGAUACCCAGUCCUUAUAUGCUAGCUUUCUUUUAUCUUCCUGGUCUCAGAUGUUGGUUACAUUUUUUAAAACUGAUCUAACGAGAUGUCUGUCGGUAUAAUAAGGCUAGCAAUUACGUUGGUUUGGACACUGGCAGAUACCUUUUGAGUGAAAUUUACAUUAAGUGUAACUGCCAUGACCCGCCGAGUCUUACAUUAUUCACACUUUUGGUACAAAACGUGUCACAAUUUAAUAAGUCAGAAAACCCACCUCUUUUACAACUGGGCUGCAUAACAACUUGUUCAAUCUGCCACUGCUGAAUAAAUUUGCUCUGUUGAACUGACAAGACUAUUGAACAAUCCCAUCUUUCCCCACAGGCUUUAGGGUAAACAAAUAUUACAUUGUCUGCCGGGAGGUGGGAGUCUGCCCUGCUGCUGAAUACAGGCGAGUAGUUCACAGUUCCCAGUGUCUACAGGCCAUGUUAGAUUUUGAAAAAGUUGUUGACCUUGCCUGUCCCUAAAUGGCACCUGGCUCCAAGGCGCUUGUGUAAACCAUGUGUGUGUUGUAAUGCACACCUCAUGAGGCAAAGACCUGGCAGAGGUGAAGAAAAGCCUGGAGGAAGGCGGCUCUGUUCCCAAGCUGGUGUCUGCUUUGCUUCGACACCGCUCCCUCUCUUUUAGUUUCCCCCUUUUCAUCCAUCGUCUCCUCCGUCUCUGUUUGUCUCCACCCAUUUUUCUUAUUUUUUUCAUGUAUACACUCUACUUACUCUCCCUCUGCAGUACAUUUGCCUCCCUGUGUCCCCCAGCAUCAUUCUCCACAGCAUGCAAACUGUAGCUGCUUUUGUUCCUCUCCUCUUUUUUUCACCCGCUAUCUUCCUUUUGCGCCUCCUCCUUCCCUCCUCUAUCAUCUCCCAGGUCUCUCCUUGCUCUCUAUCUCUCUCCUCUGCCUAGCCUACUUACCCAGAGCUUUUAUUGUCAUUCAGUGUAUAUGUUACAGACUCUGUUGCAGUGGCUCUCAGUUCUGGCCAUUGGGACCUGCAGUGCUGCUGAUUUUCAUUCCAGCUUUCUAAUCAGGGAGUAAUUUUACACCUGGUAAAUGCAAUUAACUACCUAGUAGGAUAGACGGGCAGCAGUAAUGUGGGUCCCGAGGACUUGGACUGAAAGCUGCAGCUGUACUGUGCAGUAAACAUUCCCUGCUUGGUUUGUCUACAGGUGGAGGGCAGCAAUGCUUUGUUGCUGCUAACCUCUUAAGAAAUGCUGUUUGCAUCCCUCAUCGAUGCAUGCAUCAUAGUGUAGUUGACACGGUGUGAAAUGCUGUAUGAGGCUAUUUAACCCUGUUUGCAUUGCCCACUCAGAUUUUGUUUUUUUCACCAUGCUUGAUACCGCUGUACUCAUUUCAGCCGUGUCCGAAUUGGGAAGCAUUACCGCAGAGGCAGGCUGUUGGUUUUGUUACAUGUCAUGACAGGAAGAGGCCACGUCUGAGCUGGCAGUUCAAAAUGUGGCAUACAAGUCUUGUACAAAGACAUUUUUAACUUCAAAAUUGAAAACUGAUAGAGACUUUCACUGCUGGGAAACAAGGCACACCUCAUAAACCUCAAUUCUUCAUUUUUUCUGAACAGCAUGUUGCGCUUUUAAGACACUACAUUCCACUUGUUGGGAGGUUAUUUAUUGUUUUUUGCCUUAUUUAUAUUUAUUGUCACAGGAACAGUUUCCUGAAAAGCGUCUUGGCACUAAUGAAUAAAGAUAAUAGUCGUGGUAAUAAUCAUGAUGGAGAUAACAAUAAUAGUAAUCAUGUUAUUGUUAUGAUUUUAUUGAAUCACAGAUUGUAUGCUGUCGUAGCUCUUUAAGGUUAUUUGUGUAUUUCUUUUUCUUUCCUUUCGAAUUGCUGUAAUAAUUAAAAUAUAUAAUUGUACAUAAAUUAUUGAUUCAUUGAUAUUAAUAUUGGUUCAUGGACAGUUUGAGUUCACAUAAAUGGCGAUUAAAUUAGGGUUCACAUAUGUUGGUAGUUGCCACAAAGGAGUUUAAAACACAACAAGAUUGUUUUCAUUGACGUGUCAAGUGCAGUCAGAGGUCUGAGCUAUUACCAAAGAGUUUCAGGCUACAGUUACACAUCAGAAAAUAAAUUUGACAAAAGUAAUAGAUGCCAUGUUAAAUUUUACUUGCUAAAGCCUGUUCACUCGUUCAUAGAUGUGUUUGAUUGGUGAUUCAUCGGUUUCCUUUCUUUGAAAUCCCUCCUUUGCGCUCUGGCUGUUCUUGCUUGAGAUGACUUUGAAAGACAUGACUUUGCAAACUUCUGUGUCUGAAAAGUGGAUGAUGAUAAUCUUUUAAAGCUGCUUUUUGCUGUUCAGGUUGACAUCUACGUCUAAGUAUAUAAAGCUAUUGGGUACACUCAUACUGUGAAGCCAGUUAGCCUAUGAAUUCAUUCAACCUAAUCCACCCACACAAAUUUGGAGGAACAAAAAGAACUCUGUCUUCAUAGAGUUGUUUUCCAAUUUGCGUGGGCCUUCUAAUUUUAUCUCUUUGACAACAACUUUUUUGAAUGGGCUAAUCUAUGGUUGAAUAUCCUUGCAGUGUAUGUUUACCCAAAGUAUUUCUCUUUAGUCUUUGUCCAGCACAGUUUUUGUCACUGUCAUAAUUGUUUGUUCACAUGAGCAAUGUUUUAUCAAAAGAUUUUUUGUCCACUGUGUCCUUAUUGCUAAUAUUUAAUACAAUUAAAAUUGAUGAAAACAUUCA